AUGAAUGAUGAUGAAAUAAUCAUACGAGCAAUCAAUAUAAUUGAUCAGAAGAUCGACAGUUUGGAUGUUGACAAAGAAAAUCCUUAUUAUGUUAAUAAAUUGAUGGUUAUUCGAGAGGAUCUUGAAAAACUAUUCAGUUUAACAUCAUCAACAAAUAAUUUAGUUCAUCUGUUUUGUCGACGAAUGAAUAAACUAUUAAAUUAUAACGAUUCCAUUCCACUUCACAACUGGCUUGAAUUACAAAAGGAACUUCUUCACAUAUUAGAACAUCAUGAUGAUCCAACUGAAAAGCUUACUUACAUAAAAUUUUCAUCAAUAUUGAAAUUAGAAAGUAAAUUGGAAGAACGAGAAAUACAAUUCAAGAAGAAUUUUGGUCAUCGAAAGACAUUUCAUGAAUUAGUUGAACAGCAUCGAAUUUUACUUCGAGAAUAUCUUCAAAUAUGUUACUCACUUCAUUCUAAACUUAAAAUACAUGGUCUGGUCGAAGAUGUCGACAAACUUUGUCAAAAAAUGCAUCAACAAACAGAUAUCUUGCAAGCUGUUCUUGAAACUAAUGAUCGUCUUCAGGCAAAAUUAAAAUCGAUUGAAAUUCCUAUAACAUAUCCUUUUCAUACAAUGAAACAUUGUAUGCUAAGGUCUUUCUUAGAUUUUCAAUCGCGUGAUCAAAUGAUUGAUAAUAAUAAUGUCUUUUUGCCUGGUAUGGAUGAGAUUCAAUUGAUGCAUGAUAGCGGAAUAUCAAUCAUUCAUAACAACAUGGCAGAGUCUCGAUGGUUUGUCAUUCUUGGUGAUCCAGGAAGUGCAAAAACAACUUUACUAAGAUAUAUUACACAAUUAUUCUCUUUAACAGCUCUUCAACAUAAUGAACAAGUUAUAAACAAUAGAAAUAAUUGGGGUCCAAUUCGUAUUCCAAUUUUAAUUCGAAUCGGUGAGUUUGCUGAUCAACUUAAUAUUCAACCAAAUUUGACUUUAUUUGAUUAUAUUGGUAAACAAACUUGGUUUUCACAAUUUUAUGGUAAUGAUAAUAUUGGAUAUGUACUAAAAGAGUUUAUUCAUCAUGGUCAUACAUUGAUUCUUCUCGAUGGACUUGAUGAAAUUUCUACAUUUGAACAACGACAACAAAUCAUUAAUCUUGUUCAAGAUUUUAUUCAUAAUUAUAUUCAUGGUGAUGAUUUUCUCUCACCAUUUGAUGAUGUUCCAAAUCAGUUCAAUAAAGAAAAUCGACAACGUCUGUUGUCGAACGAAACGAUUUCAAUGAAUAAUUGGAGAUUCAAUGAAACACAACCACCAUCGAUGUCCGGUGGUAAUCAAAUUAUUAUAACAAGUCGCGUCGUUGGCUGCAAUUUAUAUCGAUUUGAUAGUCAAUUAAUUUCUUAUUAUAAUUUACUUCCUAUGUCGAUCGAAAAUGUAAAGUUAUUCAUAGAACAAUGGUUUACUAGUGUUGAUCAGGAAAUACACAAUAUAUUAAUGAGUGAAAACAUUCAUUUAGACAAUAAAACAAUAGAAGAACGACAAAAUACUAUAAAUCGGAUACUUCCUACUGGUGAAACAACCUUCUUAUCUCAUCCAUUAAUGUUAUCUAUGGUUUGUUUAUAUUUGUUUAAAUUAUGGAAUGAUAACCAACUUCCAAAAACUCUUGCAGAAUUGUACAAUGAAACUGUACGAUCAGUAAUGUAUAACAAGAAGAAUCUACAACAAUCAAGAAUACCACAAGAUGUUCUGAUCAAGGUUGAGACUAAUCUUGCUUUAUAUCUUCAUUCACAUUUAUCAUCUGGUGUAAUUGAUGAAUUCGAUUUAAAACGUAUUUGUAGUUUAGUAUUAAAAGAAGAAAAUGUUGUCACAAACAAAGCAGAAUUAUGUCAAUACAUAGAUGAAUUAAUACAAAUGAUCAGUUCAAAUAAUAGUAUUAUUGUUGAACGAGGAUUGAAGGUUUUCAGCUUUGCUCAUUUAUCAUUUCAAGAAUAUUUCGUUGGAUUAUCUCUUCUUGAUGAAUCAUCUAUUGACAAUACGAUUCGACGUAUUCUAACUUAUACUAUCAAACCACGCUCUCAUGAACCAAUUCGUCUAGCUCAUAGUUGGAUUAGUCAAAUGUGGCCACGGGAGAAUUAUGUUACAUAUUGCAGAAAAUUAGUUACGGAAACAAUAGAUUCCGUACUUCCAUUAGGUUCUCUUCUGCUUUUGGAUGUUCUUCAUAGUUUUCAUUGUUUACCUUCCAAAGCAGCCAUAUAUACAGCACUUGAUAAAUUAAUCGAUCAUCCUUCUAUGUUAAUUUCCACUGGAUAUUUAGGAAAAGGUUGGUCUAUAUUACCAUUGAAUAUUCUAUUUGAGUGGAUGAAAUUAAGUUUAAUAAAUGAAAAACGUGUGGUAAAAUUCUGUAAUUCAUUUUUAUUUUCAAUUGUUUUAAUCGAAUAUCGAAGUUUAUGGGAAAACAAUCACGAUAGGUUACGAGCUGUUUGCCAACAAUUGUGGUCAUUGUGUUCUAUGAGUUCGUCAAUUGAUACUAUUAUCACUAAAACAUUGCAUGGUAUUACGACAUCAUUAUAUUCACCAUGUCUUCUUUUUCAAAAUGGACUACCUCAAUAUCUUAUGUCACCUAAUAUUUUUGCAUCUCAAAAGCAUCCAUUAGUAUUCAGUGUUAUUAUUACAUUGUAUGGUGGAGUUUUUAAGAAAAAAGAUGAAAUGAUUUUUUCUCCCAAAUAUAUCAAUCGCAAUUCAAGAGUUGGUACGCCAGUCAUCGAUUAUUUAGCGAAUACAAAUGACUCUCAUUUAAUUAAAAUUGAAAGACUCAUUCAACAAUACGAAAAUAUGUUGCAAAUGUAUUCACCUGAAGAUAUUUCAAACGAUGUUAUCGAUAUUAUCAUUGUUCUUAUUUGUUUGCACGGCUUAUCAAACCCGUCAAUAUACAGUAAAUUCGCUGUAUAUCAGGCACUACCGUUGGCUUUGGAAAGAUUCAAUUUGAUGUUAUAUCUUUUAAGAGACGAUAAAAGAUUUGUUUGGAACAAAACAACACAAAAAAUGUUUUCCGAUGUCAAAUUAAUUAUAGACGUAUUUGCUUCACAAUCCAAUCGGACCGAUGUAGAGAUUAAACGUUUUUUAUUAGCGUGCAUGGCAGCAUGUGAUCGUCUCGGUAUUGAUCAUUUACCAUAUUCGUCAAGUUUAACGAAUUUAUUCAAUAGUGAUACUAAUCGUUCAAACCGCUUACUAAAAUAUUCUCACAAUAAAAUACUCAACACACAAAGUACACCCGUUUGCAAAGAACCAACCUCUCAAGCAAUAAAAGAUGUUCAUCAAUUCAAUGAUCAGGUAUUGAUUUUGAUGAAUUUUGUACCCGAUCAUCUUAAACAUCUAUAUCAUCGUUUGCUUAUCAAACCUGAUGAACAAUGCGAUUCUUUCCUAUUUAUUCUUCUUUUAUCACAAUGUUUGAAUUUCUUCACCGACCGUAUCCAAUCGAAAGAAAUAUUUGCAACUUUGAAUGACUUAUUACCAAUGUUCAGAGCAUACAAAAUGGAAAACUAUGUAUUAGCUCUCUUUUGGGAAAGUAAAUUUCGCUUUACGAGCGAUCUGCAGAAUGUUGAUUAUGAUUAUUUUCAAAAGUUUUCAACAAAUUAUUCGAAAAGUUGUAAGGAUCUGAUUAUCGAAGAACAACAACGAAUUUUAGAGGCAAAUGAAUUGAACGAUGUUCGUCAAAAAGAUAUCCAACUUUUUGCUGCAUCAUUUUCGUUAGCUCGACUAUGUCAAGUUCAAUAUCGUUAUGAAAAAAAUACAAGCAUGGGUCAAUUCGCUGCUGGCAAUGAACAGAUUGUAUCUGCAAUAGAAAAUAUUAAUGACCAAAUUCUAUCUAUCAUAGCUAUGCACAAUAUUUCAUAUAUGGAUUAUAAAUCUAUUUUAUCUUCGAAUCCACAUGCAAAAUUAAGAUCAAAAGUAGCUUAUUCAUUAUUACAACUUUUACCGAAUCUACCAUUGCUAACAUGUGCUGUAAUGGUUUUUCGAUGUCAAUCAAUCUGUGAAGAUUUUCAAUCAAUUUUCCGAAAUCUUAGUAAAAUAAUUGCUAAACAACUAUUAACAAUUCCACUAGAUGAGGAAAUGGUUGAAAAUCAGAAAGCAGUUUAUGUUGCACUUAAUUCAAUGGAAGAUUCAUCAUUGAAUAUUCUUUUGAUAGAAUUUGAAAAACAAUUUCAAAAUGUCGACAAAUUUUCUCAUAUGAAUUCGAUUAUAUUUCAUGAUUAUUUCACUACUACAACAUCAUUCGGUGAAUUAGACGAAGUUCUUUUAUCGUGCAUGUAUUUAAGCGAACUAAUACAUGAUGUUAAAUGUUUGAGAAAAUAUGUGGUUUGCAAUAAACAACAAAAGACGAUUUCGUUGUCCGAAAGACUCAGAUAUUUAUUAAACACUUCAAGGGAAAUAAUCACACUUGAAAUGGCGACAUUAAUCACAAAUUAUAUAGAAAAGAAUUAUGAAAAAGAAUUAGGUGAAAUAAGUGGUAGAUUAAUUGAACGUAUAAUCGUUGAAAAAGAUGCUCAACCUGUUCUUCUUCAAUUGUUGAAUCUUCCGGCAAAAGAAUCACGAAAAUCUUUAUUUUGUUACAUUGCAUUACUAUUGGCUAAACAUGGUUCCAUCGCACCUAAUUCUAUCGACUAUAUUAAAAGCUUUUGUCAAACUACUAUUGAUGAGCAAUUCAAGUAUAUUAUUAAACAAUAUCUCGAACUACCAUGUAUCGAUUCGGAACCAAUCCGUCAGAUUGUAAAGACGUUACUUCGAUGUAUACGUCAUUCCUCAUUACACAUUGAUGCGACUAUUUGUUCUUGCGAAAUUAUGAAGUUAAUUCUACAAUUAGAAAAUGAAGAACGCAGAACAAAUAAUGGUUGUGUAUUAUGCGAUUCAUAUUUCAUGUUGAUCAAUGGUUGUUCGUUCGAAGUACAAAAUUAUCUUUUAGAAUAUCUUGAUGCGAAUAGUAAAGUACAAAAUAGUAUUAAUGAACAGCGUCUGAUUCGAAUUAUUACAUGGAUUAUGCAACAUUUCGCAACGAAAGAAUGUCCUGUAUCUAAUGUAAUUUAUAAAUAUAUAAUAUCACUUUUUCACGAUCAAAAAUUUUCUCGAAUACAAGAAACAAUUAUUAAUAGUUUUCAAUAUAUAUUUAUGAAGAUGUUUGGGAAGAAUAUUUUUACUAAUCAAGAUGUAAAACGACUUUUGGAAGAUACAAUUAAUCUGUGUGUAAAAACUAUAGAUGAUAAUUCAGAAAAUCUCUUAGCAAACUGUUUACAUGCUUACGGAUAUUGUCUACGUUUCUAUAAAUAUUAUUGCAAUGAAAAGCCAUCAAAUGAGAUGAUCAAAUUGUUGACCAAACUUUCUCAAACAUAUUCAUCGUCAUUCGUUGCUAUAAGAGCUGGUCAAUGUUUACUAAUAAUCGAACUGUAUAUUGAUCGUGGUUCAAUUUCUGAUUGGCUCAACAAAACUAAUCUGAAUGUCGAGCAAAUAUAUAACAUAUUCAUACACUGUACAUCCGAUGAACAUCAAUUAUUAGGAUAUUUGGACAAAGAAAAAGCAUUGAAUCAUAUUUUACUACAACAUCCAACAGAUCUCCUACCUAAAUUUAUCAAUGAAAUGUACAUGUAUUUAAAUGAAAAACCUAUGAACUGUAAUCUUUCCAAGCGAUUAUUUUCCUAUAUCAAUGCAACUGAGAAUUUAUGUCAAGAUAAUUUUACUAUAUUUCGUACUAUUAUGGAAAAAUGUUUCCAUAAUAUAGAACAAUUCAAAAUUUUACUCUAUCAAAUAAGCAAACACGGAAAUAAUGAUAUUCAAAAAGAAUGUAUUUUAUUAUAUAUUCAUUUCGGUGAGAUUACAUCUGAUUUUAUUACUAUGUUGCUAAGUAAUGUUCAAUAUGCGAUGGUUUUAUCACCGCGAAUAGAAGCAUUAAUAGCUAAUAAACGAAUAUUAUUAGAUCGAGACAUAAUUGAACAUUUACAUGAAGCAUUACAAUCACCAUCGAAAGAAAAAUGUGCUCUACAAUUACUGAUAUCUCUUGCUCAAGUUGAUUUUAUAUCAAUUUUGGAAGUAUUUAAGCAAAUUUCAGAUAUCAUCAACAAACGAUAUUCUCUGGAGGAAAACAACUAUCAAAAGGACUAUGAACAGUUGAUCGACGCCUUACUAAAGUUUACUUGCAUUCAAGCUGGUACUCUAUCUUCUGGUAGGUUACACCAACUGAAAUGCAUGAUGCAUUUUCCAUUUUAA